GUCCGCCACCGUGUUAUGGGCGUGCGCAACUGCCUCGACGGCAAUAAUAUGUCAGGACAACGCGAUAUCCCCCUUGAACUCGGGGAACAGCCCGAGCAACCAUCUUUGGAGGCCCCAGGGGCAGCUGCCGCCAGUCCUGGGCCUGGCGCAGCCGAAGAGAUGGAGACCGAACCGCCUCACAGCGAGCCCGUCCCCAUCGAGAUUGAAGGCGAGGCCUGUGGACCCCCAGAGGUCUCCAGGCCCAACUUCCAGAACGUGGGAGAGGCCAUCAAAGAAGCAGGAGCCCAUGGAGGCUACAGCCCACCUCCUGAGGAAGCCAUGCCCUUCGAGGUCGAGCAGCCCUGCUCAGGAGGCUUCUGGCCUACCCCGGAGCAGCCUGGAGACACCGCUGGGGCCCGUUCAGGCCUGGAGGUCUUUGGCCCAGCGCUCAUGGAGCCCGGAGCCUUCGGUGAUGCCAGACCAGGCCUGGGAGGCUACAGCCCUCCACCCGAAGAAGCCAUGCCCUUUGAGUUUGAGCAGAAUGCCCAGGGAGGUGGCAGCCAGCCUCUCCUGCAGGUCUCAGACCUCGCUCCAGGAGGCCCAGGUGCGGGGGUCUUUAGCACGCCUUCCCAGGAGCCCCAAGCUCUCAGACCUGCAAACGCAGGCUUUGGAGGAGACCGCAGCCCUCCCCCUGAGGAGGCUAUGCCAUUUGAGUUUGAUGGAGCAGCCUUUGGGGACGACAGCCCACCCCCUGGGCUCCCCCGAGCUAUCCCGCAAAUCGACGGCGUUGGCGGCGGCAGCGGCGGCCAGUCCGCGGCAGCCGCGGUCUCGAGUGCGGUCCUCCUCGCUCCCGCCGCGAACGAGCCCCCCCUCUGGGUCCCAGCCGCCAUCGGCAGCCCAUCCCGAGAGGCUGUCAGAUCUCCUCCACACUUCGCGGGCGACAGCCCCCCGAUGGAGAUCUCCGGACCCCCGCUCGAGAUUGGCAGCGCCCCCGUUGGGGUCGACGACGCUCCCGUCAACAUGGACAGCCCCCCAAUCGCGCUUGACGGCCCGCCCAUCGAGGUCUCCCGAGCCCCAGUUAAGAGAGAGCGAGCAGAGGGAGAGAGACCCCCAGUUGAGGGAGAAGCAGCCGAGAUGGAAGGAGGCUCAGCUGCAGCUGCUGCGGAAGGAGGAAAAGUCCCCUCUCCGGGGGACGGAGCCCCGGACGCCGGGGCCAAGCCUGCUGCUCCAGCCGCCGGGGCAGCCGCGGCUGCCCCUGACACUCCAGCCGCCGGGGCAGCCGCUCCUGCCGCCCCUGACGCUCCCGCCGCCGGGGCAGCCCCAGCCGCCCCUGACGCUCCAGCCGCCGGGGCAGCCCCAGCCGCCCCUGACGCUCCAGCCGCCGGGGCAGCCCCAGCCGCCCCUGACGCUCCAGCCGCCGGGGCAGCCCCAGCCGCCCCUGACGCUCCAGCCGCCGGGGCAGCCCCAGCCGCCCCUGACGCUCCAGCCGCCGCUGCCGCCCGGGCAGCCCCUGCCGCCCCUGCGUCUGGAGCCCGACCCAAGCUCCGCUUCCUUAGACCCCCCAGCCCCGAGAUCCAGGCUGCCGAUCCGCCUACUCCGCAGCCUACUCGCGCAUUUGCCUGGCGGGGCAGGUCUGGCCGCAGCCGCGACGACGACGAGGGGUCGGUCAGCAGCGACGACCACAGCAGCGAUGAGUCCGACGAUGGGACCUCCGGAUGCCGCCGCUGGCUGCAGCCCCGGCGAAAUCGCCGCCGCCGAAAGCCCCGGCGCAACUUGCUCCGCAACUUCCUCAUGCAGGCCUUCGGGGGCUGCUUCGGCCGAUCUGAGAGCCCCCAGCCCAAAGCCUCGCACAGCCCCAAGGUCAAGAAGAUUCCCCUGGCGGAGAAGCGCAGACAGAUGCGCAAGGAAGCCCUGGAGAAGCGCGCCCAGAAGCGCGCAGAGAAGAAACGCAGCAAGCUCAUCGACAAACAACUCCAGGAGGAAAAGAUGGGGUACAUGUGUACGCACCGCCUGCUGCUUCUAGGGAGAAAAGUGGUGCCGAGCAACACUGAGGGUCGUUUCCGGCUGGACAAGCCAGCGUCAGCGACCGUAAUGCCCCCAGUCCUGGGGUGGGGGCCGGCAAGAAAGAAGGGGGCUUCAGGUGCCGGAGAAUCUGGUAAAAGCACCAUUGUGAAGCAAAUGAGGAUCCUGCAUGUUAAUGGGUUUAAUGGAGAGGGCGGCGAAGAGGAUCCGCAGGCUGCCAGGAGCAACAGCGAUGGUGAGAAGGCGACCAAAGUGCAGGACAUCAAAAACAACCUGAAGGAGGCGAUCGAAACCAUCGUGGCCGCCAUGAGCAACCUCGUGCCCCCCGUGGAGCUGGCCAACCCUGAGAACCAGUUCAGAGUGGACUAUAUUCUGAGCGUGAUGAACGUGCCUGACUUCGAUUUCCCUCCUGAGUUCUACGAGCACGCCAAGGCUCUGUGGGAGGAUGAAGGAGUACGUGCCUGCUAUGAACGCUCCAACGAGUACCAGCUCAUCGACUGUGCCCAGUACUUCCUGGACAAGAUUGAUGUCAUCAAGCAGGCUGACUAUGUGCCCAGCGAUCAGGAUCUGCUUCGCUGCCGCGUCCUGACUUCUGGAAUCUUUGAGACCAAGUUCCAGGUGGACAAAGUCAACUUCCACAUGUUUGACGUGGGCGGCCAGCGCGACGAGCGCCGCAAGUGGAUCCAGUGCUUCAAUGAUGUGACUGCCAUUAUCUUCGUGGUGGCCAGCAGCAGCUACAACAUGGUCAUUCGGGAGGACAACCAGACCAACCGCCUGCAGGAGGCCCUGAACCUCUUCAAAAGCAUCUGGAACAACAGAUGGCUGCGCACCAUCUCUGUGAUUCUGUUCCUCAACAAGCAAGACCUGCUUGCGGAGAAAGUCCUUGCUGGAAAAUCGAAGAUUGAGGACUACUUUCCAGAAUUUGCUCGCUACACUACUCCUGAGGACGCUACUCCCGAGCCCGGAGAGGACCCACGCGUGACCCGGGCCAAGUACUUCAUCCGCGACGAAUUUCUGAGAAUCAGCACUGCUAGUGGAGAUGGACGCCACUACUGCUACCCCCACUUCACUUGCGCCGUGGACACCGAGAACAUCCGCCGUGUGUUCAAUGACUGCCGUGACAUCAUUCAGCGCAUGCACCUCCGUCAGUAUGAGCUGCUCUAAGAAGGGAACGCCCAAAUUUAAUUAAAGCCUUAAGCACAAUUAAUUAAGAGUGAAACGUAAUUGUACACGCAGUUGAUCACCCACCAUAGGGCAUGAUUAACAACGCAACCUUUCCUUUUCCCCCCAAGUGAUUUUGCGAAACCCCCUUUUCCCUUCCGCUUGCUUAAAUAUUCCAAAUUUAGAAAGCUUAAGGCGGCCUACAGAGAAAAAGAAAAAGAUAAAAAGGCCACAAAAGUUCCCUCUCU